AGUCCUCUUCGUCAAAUCAACAGUGUGCACAUGUAAUUUUAGCUGAAUAUGACUCAUCUGGACAUUUUCCACUUUGCGCUGCCACUGCAUUAUUGUAAGAAAAGUCUGUAAAUAAAUACUUCCCAGUCAGUACAAUCCCCCACUGUUCAUCUAGAAAGAGGAGACUAUUCACUUGGAAUUAUCUGUAAUACCUGUCUGCUCUCCAGUAGAGAUCUGUGUCCUUCUCAGUGACAAUGGAUUUUUUUGUCAGGUUGUAAUAUCAGUCUAUGUCACUGUCAUUUAGUGAGCCUCUCGUUAAGAGCAUCACAUUCCCCGCCAAAAAGGGAGAAUGGGGAAGAAUUGGAGUUUGUGUUGAAGAAACCUACCAACUUCCCAGAGUUGAAGCUGAACUGGUCAAUUUUGUUGCAGAAGGAUCACAUUUUCUUCAUUGUAUUGUUUGUUUUUCUGGAUUGUCUUCAUCUUCUGCCAUCUGUCAUGCAGUCAAGAUAGCAGUUUUAUGUUAAAUAAUAAAAAUACUGGAAAAGUCUGGUGGGUUCACAAACUUUCAGUCACAUAGGUGAAUUGUAAAAUGAUGAAUCAUACUUUCCUUGCUAGUAAAAACUCAAAAUGUUUGUUUAAACACUGUUAUCAUCAAAAAGCACAGUCAACCACUCAGGUCUGGCCGAUUUUGUACAUUGAUUAUUGUAAAUUGCGUCAGUCCAUGAGAUGUGUUUUAAACUCUGGCGGGCAAACCAUUAUCAGCAAGUUUCACCACAUGAUCACUGACAGAGGGGUAAACAUUAACCAGCUGGGAAUGGUUAAGGGUCCGCUGGUUGAUUUUACUUUGCAGAAGAACAUGGCGACAAGUAGUUGUGUGCGGAGUUCUUUGAAAAUGCUGCACAGGUAUUCUGUACACCUGAACCAAACCAGGAGUUUUUCCGAGAAGAGCGACAAAGGCUGGUUCCGGUCCUUAUUUGUACACAAAGUUGACACCAGGAAAGACGCUCACUCCAAUCUGCUGUCAAAGAAAGAGAUCAGCAACCUGUAUAAAAUUCAAUUUCACAAUGUCAAACCAGAGUGCCUGGACGCAUACAACAGUCUCGAGGCCGAAGUGCAAAACAAGCUCCAUCAGGACCAGGACUACCCAUGCGAGGUAGUUGGAAGCUGGAAUACCUGGUAUGGAGAACAGGAUCAAGCUGUGCAUCUGUGGCGUUACAGAGGAGGCUAUCCAGCUUUGACUGAGUGCCAGCAGAAACUGAAAAUCAACAAGGAGUAUUUGGAGUUUCGGAAAGAGAGGGCAAAAAUGUUGACCUCAAGGCGAAACCAGCUUCUUUUGGAGUUCAGCUUCUGGAACGAACCCCUGCCAAGACAAGGACCAAACAUAUAUGAAUUGCGCUCCUAUAACCUUAAGCCAGGAACCAUGAUUGAGUGGGGUAACCGUUGGGCGAGGGCAAUCAAACACAGGCAGGAAAACAAUGAGGCGGUGGGCGGGUUCUUCUCACAGAUCGGUGACCUGUAUGUUGUUCAUCACUUGUGGGCUUAUAAAAGCCUGCAGUCCCGGGAGGAGACUAGAAACUCUGCCUGGAGGAAGGAGGGAUGGGAUGUAAAUGUUUAUUAUACAGUGCCUUUGAUCAGAAGUAUGGAGUCUAGGAUAAUGAUUCCAACUAAGAGUUCACCGUUACAGUAAACGAUGACUGAAACUGCAAGUAGUUUAGCAACAGAAACUUCCUGACACACUUGUUCUUACUGAUUGUAGGUUUUUUUGUUGUUGUUUUUUUAUUGUUUGUUUUGUUUUGUUUUUUUAUUCUGCUGGAUGAUCUGUGUUACAUUGAUGUCUGAUUCCAUAUUUGCACUCCAGCCAGUGAUGAACUGUAAAGAUACCAUGUUUGUGUGCAUUUAUUUUAAGAGCAAUCUGAAAGAUCUACAUUUCUAGAUAUUUAGGUCAAAGGUAUAAAAAAACAGAAUAAUGAACAUACUCAAGUAAAUUGAUAUUUGUAUUGUGGAUACAAAAAUGCUAAAUGUUUAUAUUUACACAAAUGUUCGGGCCAAUAUGUCUCCUGUCUUUUGUUUUUAUCACAAAUCAUCAUUUUGAAUUGGUUUUAUUUUCCCCCAGCAAAGUGCUGUGCUACUGAUAUGUACACUAUGUUUCACAACAGUAACUUUGAACAACUGUGUCAUGAAAUAAAGGAAUGUCUCAUUCUUUGAACACAAUCAUUAAACUAUCUAACGAUUGUGUUUAAAGAAUGAGAUAUGCCUUUUUUUUAUGACACAGUUGUUCAAAGUUACUGUUGUGUUACUCAUAUGUACACUAUGUUUCACAACAGUAACUUUGACUGUAACUGUGUCAUGAAAUAAAGGGAUGUCUCAUUCUUCAAACACAAACAUUAAAAUAUGUAAGCAUUUUGUGGAUUGCCAUUUGCAGUAAGAUAUGUAAAGGGCC